UACCAGAGGUCGCGGGUCACCGAUAUAAAUGAGCUUUCGUUAUGAAUUAGCGGCAGUCUCCUCAGUUUAAUGGGCCGAAGGCGUUUCUUACACACACUCAAAAUAAAGUAAAUCCAACUACCCAAAAUGCCGUGGACUAGCACUAACAGAAUUUAUGCGAAACCCUCGAAUACGAGUUCAGGCGAAGCGGCGAACACGAGCCGAGUGAAGCCGGUGACGACGGCCGCCGCCGACACGGGCGGGCGCUUCGAGCUCAGCGACCAUGGGUACGGGAAGAGCUCCGUCAAGCUCCUGCACGUGCACCGCGACGACGAGUACCACUCCAUCAGGGAGUUCGAGGUCUCGACGGAGCUGAAGCUGUCGUCGGAGUCCCCGUACGUGGUCGGCGACAACAAGGACGUCGUCGCGACGGAUUCGCAGAAGAACACCGUGUACCUGCUCGCCAAGAAGCACGGGGUGAAGACGCCGGAGGAGUUCGGAGCGGUUGUAGUGAAUCACUUCCUGUACACGUACAAACAAGUGACGGAGGCGAAGUGCCGGGUGGUGGAGUACCCCUGGGAGAGGUUACAAGCUGGCACGCCCCACAACCACGCGUUUGUGUUCUCGCCGACGGCGACGAGGUGGUGUGAAGUUUCACAAGUGAGGCAUGAUGCCGUAGUUGUGAAAUCUGGAUUGAGUGAUCUACGCGUACUGAAAACGACACAGUCGGCUUUCGUAGAUUUUGUCCAAGACGAGUACACAACGUUGGGUGAUGCUCCGGAGAGAAUAUUUAGUACGGUGGUGGAGGCAGAGUGGACGUACGACAACAUGAGGACGGCGGAUUUCGACAACGCGUGGCUGACGGUGAAGGAGGCGAUACUACAGAAGUUUGCGGGACCCCCCGACACGGGGGUCUACUCACCUUCAGUGCAGCACACGCUGUAUCAAGCUGAGAAGACUGUUUUAGAAAACGUACCUGAAAUAACCUGGAUCAGAAUGACGAUGCCGAACAAGCACUACCUGAACAUCGACGUGUCCAAGUUCCCCGCCAACGUGACGAAGGGCGACCCUCGCCACUACAUCUACCAGCCCAUAGACAAGCCCGCGGGGCUCAUCUACGCGCAGCUCCGCAGAAAACCGAAGAGCCAUUUGUAACAUCGGCUUUUACCUGUAGUUUUAGAUCAUAGAAUAGACAACAGUGGGGCUUAAAUUUAAAAAAAAAUGUCCAAUAACUUUUUUAUAAUCAAGUUUUUUUUAAUU